CAUGUGCACUGACCCAUGGCCAUUGAUUCAACUCUCAUCUGCCACCCGUGUCUCUCGAUUGGUGUACGUAUUCGAUCGAUCGAUCAGAUCGAUCGUCACAUUACGAAGCGACAUACAGACAGAUACACACAGACAGGCGACAUACAAACCCUCGAGAAAUCCGAAGAAUGGCAUUUUACGUAUUGUGUGUAUUUUCGCAAUUUUGCCAUGUAUACACAUCGAUCGAUUGAUCGAUCGGCACAGCACGUACAAAACAACUGAAGACCACUUGCCAAACAGCGGUGAGACGAAUACGAAAAAUAGCAAGAACAGCAACGUCUCUAUGGUUGUGACACAUCGACUGCUCCUACCUGACUAUUGCUCCCUCCUCUAUCCGAUUUCGAGAGAUCAGUGCAGCGACAGUGCACACAGAACACCACCCGCCGACCCGCUCACCCCAGGUGUUGACUCACGAGCACUGACUCACGAGUGAGGCACAUGCAUUUUGGCGCCUCAGCACUUGAGUCAUUCGUGCACCCCCCACAUACAGAAAGUAGACACAAGUCAUGUCGACACGGAAAGCCCAGCGCGCCAACGUGCAUACGACUAAUGCAGCCGAAGAGCGCAUCCAUCUAAGAAAACGCGCUUAUACACGCAAGUCCGAGACAAGACCGGCAGGUGACCGAAAGCAACGGCAGAAGAAGAAGCAAAGGCGCAGCAGCAGCACGAGCAAUGCAAGCGAAAUUCACACAUGGGACAGAAAGGGCAAGCAUCACAUGCAUAUAUGCAACAGAUCGACAGCUUGGGUCGCUUCUUUGCCACAGAAUCAGCACCAGAUGGAACAUCAAUUAGUAGCUACCUGAAACAAACACCAGAGACACCAGAGUGUCAGACAAACAGACAGCCAUGAAGAGGCACACAUGGCAGAUCGUUCUGUGUCGCCCUACUUGAAUGACGAAUGGUGAGCCUAUUCGCUUUUGCCGUCUCGGCCUCCCGAGGAGGUCCCACUGUAAGAAACCAACUAUCCAUCCAUUUAUCACGCACACAACACAUGCACAUUCUUUCCAUCGUGCUGGCUGGCUGGCUGGCUGUCUGCGUGUGAUCUCAUCCCUCUGGUUGGUUGCCUUACUAAGUGCGACACACGGCGCCUUCGGAACUGCCGGGCGCAGCACUCUCAUCGCAGCAGCAAUCAAUUCCGCCGCCCUUCUUGACGCCCUUGGGACUACAGCAACAGGAUUGUCCUUUCGAGCUCUUGAUGAACUUCUCGUAGCCAUACUGCACACAACACAUUCAGCUGUGCUUCCAUCGGCCCCCGUGUCUGGUGGUGCGAACCUGCAUAUGAUCGCAGGCCUUCUUUAAGCUGUCGCACGCCACCAAGUCGUCGGACAUUACACUGCAGCCCUCCGCUGUCGCAUCUGAAGCCGAGACAAACACACGCACACACAGACGUGUGGCACUCUGUGUAUUGAUGAUAGAUAGGUACCCUGCAGCGUCUUGUGUGGCGAGGAGUGAGUGUUCCAAGGAGAGGAAAGCAGCCGCACGUCAUAUCACAUCACAUGCUUGCAAUUCAACCAACAUAACAGCAUCUGUCUGGUCUUCCCGCAAUCACCUUGGCCUUCCGUUUUGCGUGCGUCACGUCGCCGGCCACU